AUGAUAGAGCAACAACAGGUUCUUGCUGGGAAGCAACAAAGGGCAUGGGGCACACAUGCCCAUUGCAUUGCUUUGGCUAUUUUCCUUAUUGUUUUUGUGGGUUUUGAUGCCAGUGGCAUUGGAAAGAGAACCCAAGCAAAUUGGGCACAGUUGCGAUACAGACAAAAACGCCGCCUGGAAGGAGCGGCGACAGGAGAAGAUGGCAAUAUCCCUGACAGUGGAGAACUUGGCGACGAGAGAAACAUUGUGAACGAUGCUAUUGCAGCAGUCCCUGAUGACCCCAAGACUCUCACGGCAAUUGUUGCUGCGAUUAUCUUGGUGCCGGCAACUAUCCUUGGUGCCAUGUUCAGUGGCAUGGUCUUCAAGGACACUUUCAUCCACGAAAUUCCUUCAACAAUUCAGUAUACCCUGCCCACAAGCGUCAGCCUCAGGGAUUUGUCAGAUACAGAACAAAAUGACCUCAAGACUGCCACUACCAGCUUCUAUGACAGUGUUUUGAGAGCAGCACAUUCAGAAGUUGUGUCUGUGAAUGUUAGGUCUUUCAGGGAUGCUGAUUCAACUGCAGCAUCAAACAUUCUGGAAUCCUUUUUUGACUUGUUUUUUGGAGCUGGUUAUCAUGGCUACCAGUGGAAAUUUGUAAUCGUCAUCGGUACCACCAGCACCACCUCCUUGACUCUGGGCCAAGCAGUGGUAACCGUGGAAGGGGCAAGCAUGUCUGAAUAUGUGAGCAGCCACCUGGCAAACUUGGGUUCAUCCAACAUCAUGGCCAACACUGAGAGUACUGCCUAUUUGUCCCGCCUGUAG